CGCGAUGACUGAUCAACCCCGCCUCAGCAUCAACAAUCUACGGACGACAUCUCACCUCAUCAAACAGGCCUCCGCCUCCUUCUCCGCCAAUCUCUUCACCUUCCUCCUCCUCUCCCUUCUCCUGUUAUCCUUCCGUUCCCUCGUCGAGAGUGGGACCCACGUCCUCACAUCAUUCAUCGACCGUGACCCUUCCCUUAGAUCCCUCCUCUCCCGCCUCGACCUCUCCGGCCGCCAUCUCCACCCUCACCACCGCAUUCAACGCUUCCCUCCUCGCCGCCACCGCCGCCCCUUUCUCCACCUCACUCGCGUGGGAACCCUAGAUGAUGACUUCUUCUCCGGCGACGACGAUACGGAUCGUUCCCUCUUUGGUCCUAACCGUAAGCUUUCUCCAAAUGGCAGCUCUGUAAUUCUUUACAACCUCGAUCCUGGGUUGGGAUUUUCCGAGUAUGUCGUCGAUAACGGGAUCAAGAUUUCGGAAACUGUUCAUUCUGGGAUUCAAUUCAAGGUGGAUAGUCUACUUAUGAAUAGUAGCGACAGGGAAAGUACUGAUUAUAGUGAUAAUGAAAAGGAAGAGGAAGAGGAAGAGGAAGAGGAAAAUGGAUCGGUGGGUUUUGAAAAGGGCGGGGAUUUGGACCGGAUAGUGGAUUUGCAGUUCUUUAUUAAGGGUUUGGAGAUGGGCCGGCGGGACGCGGCUGCCUUGUUCUUUCUGGUAAGUUUCUUGUCUGCAGCUUAUGGGUGGGUGAUUCUUGGGUUUACUGCUAUAUAUUCGUGGAUAUUGGGCAUCAUUUUUGUUGCUGUGGUUAAUGAUUUACUGGGGAGGUUUACUUCAUUCGUUGCUGUUGUUUGGGAUGGGUCUCGAUUGGGGCUGAAACGACUCACUGGUUUUAUCCUCAUGAGAUGGGCAGUUAGGGAUGCUUUAACUCAGCUUAUAGGGUUGUGGUAUUUUGGUGAAAUUGAGGACCAAUACUCGUUUUUUAAGCUAUUUAUAAGGUUGAAAUUGAUGCCAUUUUCCAUUAUGUCCCCAUGGAUUCGAGGAUUUGAAAAAGAAAUUUCAGGGUUUUUGUUUACUUGGUUUUUGUUGGAUGCAUUUGUUGCGUUUAUAUUUGCAGUGGAUGCAUGGGUUACCAUUGUGGAUUCAAGGAGGACUGGUAGAGAGAUUAUUAAGGAAGGUUGUUAUUUGAUAUCAACCUUGUUUAACCAGGCUGUCCAAAUAAAGUCUAUGGAAACGAUACUUUGUGGGUCAGCAGCAAGAUGGCUCUUAACUCGGGUUUUUGGGAAGUUUUUGGCUGCAGUUUUUCAGUCAGCUGUUGAGGUUUACUUUAUGGUAGCUUGGUUGAUAUUUUACUUUGCUGCAAGGUGUAAAGAAGCUCAUUCUGAAGGAAGGAGGUUCGGGAGGAGAGAAUUGGAAGGAUUGAUUGAUGGCCUUGGAUGAUAAUCACUGGUGAUUAGAGAUGAUAGUUUCCAGUUGCAGGCAAAGUCAACUGUAGCGCUAAAAUAGCAUGUGCAGUGAUCUUCACUGCUUUAUGUGUUCCUGUUUUUUGGAGCCCCAGUCAGUCAGCACUGCCAUUGGUAGGUGUAGUCAACGGCAAUAUGUUGUAUGUACUUUUAUCACGAGGCAAUAUACUACUUGUGUAUAUUUUCCAUGGGAGUGCUUCAUGUGUAUAUUUUGUUGUGAUCAUUGUUCUAAAUCCCUUGCAAAACCUAUUGUGUUGUUGAUCACGAUAUAGAUUGAGAAAGGUUUGAGAUUUCCAUGGCCAGGAAAUUGAGUCUAAGCUGCUGGAUAACAUCCUUCAAAUGGAGGCAUUUAUGGACUUGGCAAAUGGCAACUGUUUUCACUAUUUACUGCUGGGAGUUAAAACUGUACUGUCUUCAGAAUAGGGAUAUUUGCCAACCCUAGCAUGGGAUGGAAGUUAUUGUGUAUGGUCCUAUCAGAGGACUUUAUUCUCUACCCCAUCAGGCUCAUUCGCUUCAGAGAUCUUAUGCCAUGAAAGAAAUUAUAGCAUUGGGCAGUCUCCCAGAAGGCCAGAUUUUACGAUUUAGAGGGAAUUCUACUUUGUGAUGAUGUUCCUAUUCAUUUUCCUUUAUCUUUGAUUUUGGGAAGCUAGGGGGUCUUAUGGCUGUAUGAUGUUAGGGAUUAGUUUUGCAGCUUGUCAAGUUAAUCCUGCCGAUUAUUUCUUGGUUCUGGUAUGUGUUUUUGGCCCUUGAAAGAUGUUUAUGUCCAUCAUGGUUGUAGGUCCAUGGCUAUGGUCCUAUGGAUUCUGUUGGGGUCAGUUCUUGCUUUUGCCAUGCUGAGAGUGUGGCGUAUGCACGUCUCUUGUUUGUUGACAAUCUUGUUAAUCGCGGGUAAUAGUUUGGCGUGUAUGUGUAGUCAUUGUAUUAUGCUGUUCUAAUGAGGCAAACAUAACAAGGUCAUCUAAAGAUUUUACAGUAUUAUAAUGUCUGCGUGUGCUUUGUGAAAUAUGUUGAAUUUCAAUUA